AUGGCUGUUCGAGCCAAAGUUGUCGAUCAUGUAACGAAGUCGCUCACCGUUGCACAACGCACCGACCUGGGUCGACCCAUCGACUCCGCUGAGCUCGGGGCAGCUCUGCAAUCGAUGAAGCCCAAUACGGCACCAGGCCCGGAUGGGUGGCCGGUGGCCUUCUUUCUCACUGCGCCUUCCACAUUUGCUGCCAUCCUACCCGAUCGUCUGUCCACCGUCGCGCCCACCAUCAUCCAUCCAACGCAGGCAGCGUUUGUCCGCGGCUGCAGCAUGCGGGACAACAUCCACCUCCUAACCGCCCAACAGCACAAAGCGACGCGUGACAAUGUGGAAUGGCACGCGAUCUUCCUCGACUUUGCCAAGGCUUACGACUGCGUCGACUGA